AUUUUCUGUGUGCACGGGGGCCUCUCGCCGUCCAUCCAGACGCUGGACCAGAUCCGCACCAUCGACCGCAAGCAGGAGGUGCCACACGACGGCCCCAUGUGCGACCUGCUCUGGUCCGACCCCGAAGACACCACGGGCUGGGGCGUGUCGCCGCGCGGCGCCGGGUACCUGUUCGGCUCGGACGUGGUGGCGCAGUUCAACGCCGCCAACGAGGUCUCCAUGAUCUGCCGCGCCCACCAGCUCGUCAUGGAGGGCUACAAGUGGCACUUUGGGGAGACCGUGCUCACCGUCUGGUCCGCGCCCAAUUACUGCUACCGGUGCGGUAACGUGGCGGCCAUCUUGGAGCUGGACGAGCACCUGCAGAAGGAGUUCAUCAUCUUCGAGGCGGCGCCGCAGGAGACGCGCGGCAUCCCCGCCAAGAAACCCGUGGCCGACUACUUCCUGUGACGCGCCCGGGGCACCUGGGCACACCUGGGGGCACCUGGGUAUGGCUAGGGCACACCUGGGCACACCUGGGCACACCUGGGGGCACCUGGGUAUGGCUAGGGCACACCUGGGUAUGGCUAGGGCACACCUGGGCACACCUGGGGGCACCUGGGCGCACCUGGGUAUGGCUAGGGCACACCUGGGCACACCUGGGCACACCUGGGUAUGGCUAGGGUACACCUGGGCACACCUGGGCACACCUGGGUAUGGCUAGGGUACACCUGGGGGCACCUGGGGGCAUCUCAGAUACACCUGGGUACACCUGGGUAUGGCUAGAGUACAACUGAGAUACACCUGGGCGCACCUGGGGGCACCUGGGGGCAUCUCAGAUACACCUGGGUAUGGCUAGGCAACACCUGGGAUAGACCUGGGCACACCUGGGUAUGGCUAGGGCACACCUGGGUGUACCUGGGCACACCUGGGGGCAGGUGGGUAUUCCUAGGGCACACCUGGGCACACCUGGAGGCACACCUGGGGUACCUGGGUAUAGCUA